AUGAAUUAUAAUAAAUUGAUUAUACUUUCUGAAUAGACAAAAAACAAUAAAAAGAAAUUAUAAUAGUUUCUAAUUACACAUGAUAUCGAAAUUAAUAAAGAUACUUUAGAAGCAGUUGUGAAAAUAAAAAUGGAAAAGAAUGAGAAUGAAUAUCUGAAAUAAAUAUAAAGCAAAAUAAUGUACUAUUAAAAGUAGUUGGCAAGUUUAUAGUAAUUUAAAGGGAUAAAUUAUGAGUUAAAAUAAAAACAAAAAGAAAAGUAUCAAAAUUAACUAGAUGAAUUACACAACAUAGAAGAAAUUUGCUAACGAUCAGAUAAAUUUUCUGAAUAAUUGAAAAGCCUCUUCUAUGUAUGUGUACAUUAUCAUUAUUUACAAAAUAUAUUUGUUUCUCAGGAUAUUAAGUUAGAGGAGAUUAUAGAAAUAUUCAAAAUGGUAUUUUUCAAUCUAUAAACAACUACUAAUAAAGAUUAAAAAGUUCUAUAAUUUUGUUUACAACAUUAUAAGACAUUAUAAAAAAGUAAAGAAUAAUCUGGUCAUUCAAAAAAUGUAUCUAUAGAUACAAAAUCAUAAAGUUCAGGAUAUUCUAAAGGUAAUGAAAACAAAACACCUUCAAGAAGCACAACACCAAAAAAAUAAUAAUUAAACAAUAAAAGUAUUGUUGAAUUAUCAACUCCUUAAUUGAAAAACUAUUAUACAUAAAUGUUAAGAAAAAUGAAUAUAAAUAAUCCAAGACCUUCAAUAGAAAAAAACGCUCCCAUUUAAAAAGAGAAUAAGAAAACCAAUUUUAGAGUUUGA